ACUCAAAAGAAUGUCUCGGAAUCGAGCAGCGACGUUCUCGAGGCCAUCUAUCCACUGCGCGGUCCAUUCAGCUGUCCGUGCGUGCAGGCAACAACAACUGCGACCGCAGACGCCAGCGUGCUUCGUGUUAUUCGGAGUUUGUACUUGCUCGGGCGCAAUGGCGGUGUCAAUGCAGCAGCAGUGUCGUUGGCGCAGCAGAAGCUAGGGUGGUGUGCCGGUCAGCGCUGACCACUCGCGAAGACGCCGAAGGGAGCUCGGAGCGGCAACAGGAACCGUCACGAGAGAAGGAUACCACCUGGAUUUUCCGUACUUCGUACCGACACCGAGGUGUCUCAAAAUGAACAGGCUGACCUGUAAUAGUCACAUCUUCAUCCACGAUGAGAGGCAACAAAAGUGACUGAAUCUUUCAAAUUCUAUAACGCCGCAAACAACUGAGACUAUACGUGGGCCUCGUGCACCUCGUGACGUCAUCGGCCUGUGUAAAACAAGCAGGUCGAUCAGAUACCGUUGCAUUUGUUCAGCGGUGGUGGCGGCGGGCGGUCGCACAAGUGACUUCUUCAAAUCUUGCAGGCUACCCGAGGGCGAGACCUGCGGCUCCCGCGCGGCGACCUUCAGGCUCGACCGGCUGAGCCAACCGUCGACUUCACCCGGAAAGCAGGCGCUCGCAGAUGACUCGCUGGACAACUCGUAGAUCAUCGAACGGGCCGGCAGGAAGGAAACUACCUGCGCGUUGUCAGCGGCAUGGAGAUCAAGGUCUCCAAGCUCCACUGGUUCCCAUGGAUCUUUGUGUUCACGCUGACGAUCACCGUCAUGAUCGUCUACGCGUGGAGCGUCCUCAUCGGUGACGUGCCCGUGUUCCUACCUUACGUCAGCGAUGCUGGCGGCAAUCCUCCGCAAAGCGCACUAUUCGGACUCGCCCUGAUCGCCUGCAUCCUUUCGGGCUUGAUACCCAUGCUGGUGCGCUUCUUCGCGGUUCGCGCGGUGGAGUGCAAGCACAAGAAGUUCGUCACACUGCUCAACUACCUGUCGCUGAUUAGCGGCUUGCUAGCCGGCGUAGGUUUGGCCAUGGUCGCUACCAACCCCGUCAGUCACAUACGGCGGGAUGGCACAUGGUUGCUGCCUGUUCUCCUUCCACACAUCGCUGGCGCCGGUCUGGCUUUCGUUUUCUCGACGGGCUACUUCAUCAUCCAGGCCAUGUUCGUGUGGUUGCUGGGGCACGAGCACUGUCGUCCAAUGCUCGGAUACGCCAGGAUAGUCGCCUCGUUGGCCAGCAUUGGCGGUGCUAUAGCCAUGGCCGCGUGUGCUCCAUUCAACAGCCUAGAUGACUUCAAGCCCAACCCACAUCGUGGAACUAUCUAUCGCGGCCUCAGCCCUUGGUCCGCCGUUGGAGAGUGGAUUCUCAUCAUCGGUCUCAUGUGCAACUUCCUCACGCUUUCCGCGGACAUGAAGGCGGUCAACGUCACCAUCAACCUAGAGAACAUCGUUGUCAACAGUGAAGCGCAGCAGGAGAAAGAAUCGAACAAUGAGAUGAUGAAGUUCUAGUGGGAUCACGCGGCUGCGUGGACAUUGCAGUGCGGGUUUCGCCGUUAAGGUCAAUGGGCAUUCAGGGUGCCUCCCAGCACUGGUCAUCAAACGAGCCUCACGAAGUGGUUUUGUGUAUGAAACGGGAAGUCGCAUUAGGAACCGGAACCCAUUCCUGUGAAAUGUGUGCACUGCGUUACGAACUGUUGCUGCUUAGUUCAUCUUCGUCGCUGAAGAGUCGUUGCUAACUCCUGGCAGAAAGUCUAUGAUGAUAUUCCAAAAUACUAAGUGUAUGCAGUCAGGAAGGAUACCUCGUCACGCAAGUUUAGGAUCUGCAUUAUUGAGCUUCAAGCAAGAGCAGGAGGAAGCAAGAGAGAGUCAGCACAGUGGAAUCGUUUGACUUCAGACUCGUUUACCUGAAAAGCAACGUGAUGUUAAGCACUAAUCUUCCACUGGACAUGCAGUAAAAGGGGAAGCGACGAUUCGAAAUCUCUGAAAGCCGAACAGAAACUAUUUAAAGAAAUAGUGCGAUUUGAUUUGUCAAUCAAACUAAGUGACCACAGAUGUUCAGGACGACGAACACUCUAUGAACGAUUAAAACAGCAGUCGCAAUUAGGUGAGCUGGUAGCACGUGGCCAGCCUUCCUUGCUAAACGAUGGCAUGGAUUGCAAUCACCACUUUGCUCAAAUUUGGCUGUUGCUUAUCAGAUAUACGGGCCAUACGGGUAGAGCUUGAAAAAAAAAAGCAAUUUAGCCAGAUUAAGAGCUUCUCCGGUGACUAGCCAUUAUGCAACUGUACAAUCGGGACAUUACCUCGUCUAAUCCAUGUGUCAGUUUCUAAAGCACGCCCUCGUAUACGUAGAAAGUUCCAUUAUUACACCGUUUUUAAAGCACUACAUGCAGCAUAUAAGACUCCAUAUCGCUUCUACAUGUCCACUUUGAACGGGAAACGCUCACAGAUGCUCGUAGCGCCUUAGUCGCAGAUUGAACGCACUCGUACAUAUAUUCAAACCUGUAAAUACUCUGUACAGUUUGUAUUAAAAUGCUUCAUUUUUUUUAUUU